AUGGAGCAACCAAUUCUGGUAUGUGGGAAAUGGAGUUUCUAUCGCAAUAGUUGGUUCUUCUUAGUAGACAAAUCUAAGGGAGGCAGAGUAGUUGGUGUUGGUCGGAAAACCUCUUUCACGCAGUUAAUGAGAAUGGUAGACUAUUGGAAAGCACAUCGGACAUUGAAGUUUGCUAGACGACUAGUCUCCGGUAGUUUCGAGAUUGGAUACCAGGAUCUGCCCAUUUACUUAUACAUGAUAAGACGAGCUAAUCCAGGGACACUUACAAAACUUGAAAUAGACGGCAAAGACCGAUUCAAGUAUCUCUUCAUAGCAUUUUCAGCCAUCAUACACGGGUUCCGGUAUAUAAGGAAAGUUGUGGUCGUUGAUGAGAUUUUCUUGCAAGGGAAAUAUAGAUGUAGUGAAGAAGGCGGCGGCGGCAUACCGUCUCUUGGAUUUCAAUCUGAUAUUUGCUCAGAUUCAAGGUACAAUUUCACCACAAGUAACAUUGCGGAAUCUAUGAAUCAAGUCCUCUCUCACGCAAGGGGUUAUCCUAUAGUCCAACUUGUGGAUGCGGCGAGGUCGAUGUCAACAAGAUGGUUUGCUGCAAGGAAGAGAAAUGCGAGUUUGAUGAAAACUCUCCUCACAACCGGAGUUGAAAAACUACUUGAGUCAAGGGUGGAUAAUUCGAAGCUAUGGACAGCUCAGGAGAUUGAUAAUGACCAAAUACAAGUGACGUGCGGGGGAAUUUUUCAAUAUAAUGGCGAGAAAGUGUACAUGCCGGAGAUUUGA